GGAGUCCGAGAACGAAGGCCGAUCUAUCGCGGACGCGGGUCCAAAGCAGCGGUGCACACAGCUGAGCGCCGGCUUAAUUCAAAACGCCAUCGGAAGCAGACGCGCCAAGGCACCGGGUCCAAAAGUGAAAGGGGUGUUAUUUCUGCUAGACGCUACCAGCCCCCGGUGGGCGAGCGCUCCUGCGGGCAUCCGUUUUCUGAUUACGCGACGGCGAUCUUGCAUGUGUCGUCCUGUGCCUCUGAUUCAGGAUUAUUGGAACGCUGUUUGCAUGUCAGGGUUUUAUUCUGUUUUUGUGUAGUGACUGGAUGUGUGCUCGAAUCGAACACUCAUUGGAAUUAUUGCCGUUAUUUUAACGUCCUGUAUGUGUUCCAAAACUGACCACUGAAUAAAUUUAUAUUAUAUAUUCGAAGAAUAUGUAAGGCACAAAAUUGAUGACAUAUGAAGGUCAGGAUGGACUCUAGGAUAGGUCUAGACUUUAUUGUUGAGAAUCCCGAGUACAUCAGGAAAUUGGCCGCAGCCCUCGACACCAACAAUGUGACAGUAAAGAAGCAAGUCUUUGAAUUGCUGUCGGCAUUGUGCGUGCACAAUGAAGAGGGCCAUGCUCGCGCCCUUGACACUUUAGACCACUACAAGAAAAUUAAAGGGGAGAGAUACAGACUGAAUAUAAUAGUUCAAGAAUUGGACCGAUCAACAGUAGUGGACUAUCAAACAGCGCUGGUAGCGUUCAUUAACUGUCUCAUUAUAUCCACAUCUAGACUCACGGACAGAACUAGACUGAGAAAUGAAUUUAUAGGAUGCCACCUCCUUCCGGUGCUCAACAACUUACGAAAAUGUGCUGAAGCUGAACCCGAACUGGCUGUGCAAUUGGAUGUUUUCGACGAACAACGUGAUAGCGAUGAUGCUCAAAGUCUGCAUGGACCUCAUGGCGUUGACCUUAACUCACCACUUGACGUAUUUUACGCUAUUCUUAAACAGGUUGCCGAAACUCCACAAGAGAUACCAUUCCUCAGCAUUCUUCAGCACUUGUUACGGAUCGACCCAAAAGAGGCGGUCAGCGACAUCAUUUGGGACACCGCCGAACGUCUGGUGCACCGCGCUACGCUCUUAGAGACCCGCGACGAUGCCACGCGACUACUGCGAACUCCCAGUGUACAAUCGAAAUUUAACUUCUGUCACUGCCAACAAGGGACCGUGGCCACGACGCCCAGCAGGAAACAAUCGCUGAGCACCACGCCCCUGAGUCCCACGCCUGGACCGCCCCCACCUCCACCACUAGGACCAGCUCUACCUCCUCCCCCACCUCCUCCACCAAAUAUUCCUGCUCCACCAGUUAAUCCGCCACCCAUUCCCGCACCGCCCACUGCGCCUUCGAUGAAAAGAAACACUAAUGCGCAGCAGCAACACGAAUCUGAUACUGUGAUAGAAAAGUUACCCCAGCAGGAAAUACCCGCACCAAAAUUUAAAAUGAAGACCAUUAACUGGAACAAAAUACCCAGUAAUAAAGUUGUAGGAAAAAACAAUAUUUGGACCCAAGUGGCUUACAGCCAUCAGCAUUCUCCGAUGGCUGAUAUGGACUGGUCUGAAAUGGAAGGACUAUUUUGCCAGCAAGCCCCCCCAUCCCCAAAAUUAGGAAACCGAGACAGUUGCUCAUCCGAAACAGUAGAAAGGCGAAUGAGGAAAGAAAAUGCAGAGAUUACCUUGUUGGAUGGCAAACGAAGCUUAAAUGUAAACAUAUUUUUGAAACAAUUCCGGAGUUCUAACGAAGAUAUUAUACAAUUAAUACGAAAUGGCGAACACGAUGAAAUAGGAACCGAAAAAUUAAAAGGACUACUAAAAAUACUACCAGAAGUAGAUGAAUUAGAUAUGCUAAAAUCUUUUAAUGGUGACUUUAGUAAAUUAGGAAAUGCAGAAAAGUUCCUAAUUCAACUAACAAAUCUAUCAAACUAUAAGCUAAGAAUUGAAAGUAUGUUACUGAAAGAAGAAUUUGCAUCUAACAUGGGAUAUCUCGAACCCAGUAUUAACUCUAUGAUUAUCGCAGCACAAGAUUUAAUGACCAAUAAACCUCUUCAGGAAGUUCUCUAUAUGAUAUUGAUCGCAGGAAACUUUCUCAAUGCGGGUGGUUAUGCGGGUGAUGCAGCAGGUGUUAAGCUUACUUCGUUGCAGAAAAUCACAGAUAUCAGAGCUAACAAACCAAAUAUGAAUCUUAUUCAUUUUGUAGCUUUACAAGCAGAGAAAAAGAACAAGAAUCUUUUAUCCUUUACUGACAAUAUAAGUGUCCUGGAAGACGCAGCAAAAACCACAGUGGAGCAAAUACAAAAUGAAAUUAAUGCUUUAGAUGUCAGGAUAAAGAAAAUUAAGAAGCAAAUAGAUCUUCCAUCUACUGAAUCUGAAAUACAACAUCAAAUGAUAGACUUUUUAAAGAUGGCUGAAAGAGAAGUGGCUAAUUUACAAAGAAACAUGGGAAAUUUGGAUAGCGUGCGCCGGCAAUUAUCAGAUUUCUUUUGUGAAGACGCGAACUCUUUUAAAUUAGAGGAAUGCUUUAGGAUAUUCCAUGGUUUCUAUUGUAAGUUUAAACAAGCAAUCGCAGAAAACGAAAGGAGAAGACUGCAAGAAGAACAAGCCAAUGCACGAAGACGUCAGAGGGAAGAAUUAUUGGCUACGAAGAGAAGACAAAUGGAAAAUUUAGCUGGAGCUCCAGACAAUGAGGGUCCAUUUAUUGAUAUGCAAAUUUAUGACACUAGGGCAGGUUUUCCAUCGAAAAAGGGCAGGAAAUCAGUAAAUGGCAAUGGUAUGUCAGAAGAUGAGGUGUCAAUAACGGGAUCUCCCUUACUCUCUAGAAGACGUUUGGGCUCAUUCAAUGGUAAUAACGGUGAUUCAACCACCGGUAAGGAAGAAAAAUCGCCAGACAUAACACCAAAUGGCAGUUUGAGACGUAGAAGAAGUCGAGUUCUAUCAGAAGAGGAUGAAGGUAAUUUAAUGGACUUCCUUAGGGCAUCUGGACAUGAUACAAGUCGAGAAAGAAAAUCAUGGGGAAGCUUAGAUCGAUCAUGGGCAAGAAAGGCUAGAGGAAGCGGUCCUAGAAAACGUCCGGCACUUCUGGGUGCUGAUUUUUCAUCAGAACGAGAGAGACCAUCAUCCCCCUCGCCACUCACAGAAUCGAAGCCACUUCCAACAUCGGCACCAGAGGAAGAAACCAAACCAAAGGAAUGGCGUCAAAAAAUCGAAUCUUGGCUUCAAGCCAACGAAAGUGAUCAAGCCAGUGACGAACAAAGAAGACAAAGUAGACGAUUAACUAAUAGAAGAUCAGUUGAAUUAGAUUCAGAAAGUGAAAGAAGUAGUACUCUUGACACUUUACCAGAAGGGAAACAAGUUUACAGUGGCAGUCAAUCUAAUUACAGAAAAGUGUAUCCAGCUUGGAAACCUUCUUCCACUAUUGAUAAAACAGAUGUUGUUAGUGCUAUGGAAGCAGUUGAAGAAGUCCAGCCGCAAAUCAAAGAUAAAUCCGCAUGGCGUAAAUCAACACUUAAUGUCGCAAAUAGCACAGAAGAAGCCAAAGAUGAUAACUUCCUCGGUAGAUAUUCAAUUUCACGUUUGGAUUCGAAUGGGAACCCCAAACUGUUGCACUCUAUUUCGGAAGAUAAUGAUCGCAAGCACUUGAUAAGUUCGUUAGGUAAUCAAUCUAACAGCGACAAAUUAACACUGUAUAUUAGAAAACCUACCCAAACAUCACCACCACCUUCUGAUGGCAAAUUGAGUAAUAGAAGAGCACAAGAGUCAAAUACGGAUCAAACUGUUAGUAAUAAGGUUGAAAUUGAUCAGGAUAAUAUAGAAACACCUCCAGCUACAAGAAAAGUGUUUACUCCAACACCUGUUGACAAAAGAGAACCCGUGCCACCCACACCAUGUCGAAGAUUGGCUAGAAAUAAUAAUAACGAUGAAUCUGAUAUAAAUUCUACACUGGGUGAUGGGCAGUUUGAUCGGUACUCGGCGACUAGACGUACAAGGCGGUAUAAAAGAAAUACUGAGAAUUUGGAUGCAUCAUCUCCGACGGAAGUUGUGGCUGAAACUCAUAUAGUUAAACCUGCAGCACAAAUCGAAAUAUCUCAACCAAUUAACUUGGUGGAACCUGUAGUAGAUAAAGAAACUCGUCUCAAAGGGUGGCAAGAAAAACUAAAAAGUCAAAAUGAACCAGAAAUAAAUAGAACGUCUAGGAGAUACAGAAAUCAGACAGGUAUUAAUAGGGAUGAUGUAGAAUUGGCAUUGCUUACUAAUUCAAAACCUAGUUUAAACGUAUCCACAACUUACAUUACUGCAGAACCUAAAAUUGAAUCCAGCAAAAUUGAUAUCCCUACAAAAAGAACCAAAGAACAUGAUAACGAUGAAGGUUUCGAAGAAACUCAAAGUUUGAUGUCAGAAUCUCCGAGUCAAGGUGCAUCAUCAGGUGGAAACUAUGAAACAGAUAUUGUUAUAUCUGAUUAUAGCAAAUCUAAACCUAGACGGGCUAUUUCUACUGAAAGUAAGGGGACUAUUGAUUCAACCACAAGUAGUGACACUCAAGUACAAUCAAGUAGACACUUGAAACCGACAUCAAGAAUUACCCGAACUCAGUCGAGCACUCCAAAACCAAAUUAUGCUAGAAGUUUGGACAGGUCAAACUCUCUUCGUACAACGAAUCAAGAUAAUGCAAGGAAAAGUGUAAUACCUCGUAGAUCAGACAGUUUAAGGAAAAGCGAUUCAAAAACAAGUAUUACAUCGAACAAAAAUACAAGUGUGCAAAGAUCCAAUUCUAGAAAUAGUAUAGUUAGUUCCAGAAGUUCUCUGAAUAGUGCGACAUCAACCAACACAGUUAAAAGAGUACCUUUAAAACCUUCAAACACGAAUUCUACUCCGAUCAAACCUAUUCAGAGGACACCUAGUAACAGAUCUAUAAACUCGACAAAUAAAACGACUAUAAAACGAUCACCUUCCACAGGAAGUACAACUGGAAGUACUAGACCUCCAAGACCUGGUGCAAUGUCUUUUAUGAAACCGACAACGUCUAGUUCUACUAAAAUUAAUUCAAACCUACCACCAAAUCGACCCACGUUGUUUAGAUCAAAGAAUUAAAUUAAGUAGGCGAAUUUUAAAUGAAUUUUUGAUAAUAUAUUUAAAUCACACGGUGCCAUGCAGAAAAAAUUGUCAAAUGAAUUUGAAUAUUAAAUCACGUACUUUUUGUUAACUAGUCAAAAACGCCUUUGCUACUUAGUACUUAAGAAAGGUGACGAAUAUUCAAAAUCUAUUUGAUUUCUAUUCAUUUAAUUUCAAAUGAAAUAUGAUUAUAGUCAUUGCUGAUUGUAUUUAGAUUGUUUUAUAACAUAGUUUUACGAUAUUUAUUUUGUAAUUACGUUCAAUCCUCUAAUUUGACUAGAUUACAGUAUUAUAAAGUCUCAUUUAAAAACUAACCUUACUCACAAUUUAAGAAUAUUCAUUUUGUAUUUUUAUAUUUUAUUAUUGUAACUAAUAACUAAAUGCAUAUUUAUUUGUUACCAAAUAUUUAACCACAAUAAAUAUUAAGAAUUCUAA